AUGAGAAGACUGACAAAUGCUACUUCUGUUGAAUUUGAAGGAGUCGAUGUGACAGAGGACAAACAGGUGCUCAGUUUUUCAGAUAUCUAUUUCUACCUGUGGGGUUUGAUGCUGAGGAGUUUGGCGAGGUUCGCCGCUAGUAUGGAGCUACGAAUGGCUGCUACAAUCCAAGGGUGUCUCACUGUUGUCAACAUUCUUGGGCUCGUGCGAAAUUCUAAUGGAGGUGCCAGCUUCAUAUGCCGCGUCCGUGGGAAAGGUAUCCCUUGUUUGAUUAAGCAAUGGGUUUCAAUUGUUGACGAUGCUGUGGAUCGCCCUCUAUCUACGAUUGUUCGUGGAGAACGGUACGACAAGGCAGCCGCUAAGAACAGAAACUAAUGUUUCUGAUACGUCCCUGGAAAUAGGAUUUGAUCGGCAUGGAAGAAGAUUUGUGCAUCAUUCCAAACAAAUGUCUACUAGAACGGCAAGCAACCCCUCAUUCGACCAACCGAGAGAUAUGUCUGUUCGGUUAGCAGAGUGCCGUGACACCUCUCGAUGGUGCCACAGGGUAAGGUUGGUCAGGGCUAGGUUCAUUUGAGACCUUCGUCAUGCAGAGAUGCAACCUAUUUUCCCAUAUGCUCCGGCCAGAAGUUAGCC